AUGGGCACAAUCGACAUCAAGAUCAAGAAGGUGUAUCCUGUAUACGCAUGGAAGUGGAACAUCGACGACGACAUCUGCGGAAUAUGCCAGCAAGGAUUCGAUCAAGUAUGCUCCAAGUGCAAGCAUCCAAUAGACUGCAAGCCAUGCACAGGAAAAUGCAGGCAUACAUUCCAUGUCCACUGCCUUUCGCUGUGGCUGCAGCAGAAAAAAGUAUGUCCCAUGUGCAGGAUGCUGUGGGAAUACCACAAGAUGUUUGAAUAA